CAUAUAUCCAAGGGCUAUUUUGGCCGUGUGGAUUGUAUUGGAUUUGCACAUCCCGUCUUGAUAAAAAGCGAAAGAUCUGGUCUUUAAAGCGAAACGAAGGGAACGAUGCCGCCGCAACUCUCGGAUAAAGAGCUGGAAGAACGGCUUGCCUCCGCCGGGAAAAGCCUUCUUCAGCCUCCCUCCUCGGUCGAUGAACUCCUGCCCCUUCUCGAUCAAAUCGAGGAACUUCUUUCGAAAGUGGAGCAGUCACCUGCGCAGUCCAUGCAAACUGUUCUUUCCCCAAUAAUGAAGGCACUGGUCUUGGAAGAACUUUUGAAGCAUUCUGAUGACGACGUUAAAGUAGGCGUAGCUUCCUGCAUUAGUGAGAUUACCAGAAUUACUGCACCCGAUGCUCCGUAUGAUGAUGAGAAAAUGAAGGAUGUCUUUCAAUUGAUUGUGUCAUCAUUUGAGGAUUUGUCCGAGAUAUCCAGCAGAUCAUAUGGAAAAAGGGCCGCCAUACUUGAUAUUGUGGCCAAAGUCAGGUCUUGUGUGAUCAUGCUGGAUUUAGAAUGUGAUCAGAUGAUCAUUGAGAUGUUCCAGCACUUUCUGAAAGCCAUUAGAGAUUAUCAUCCUGAACCCAUCUUUGCAUCCAUGGAGACUACAAUGACUCUAGUUUUGGAAGAAAGUGAAGACAUCUCCGCAGAUCUACUAAAUCCAAUUUUGUCUACCUUGAAAAAGAACGAGGUUGUCACAUUGGGCAUGAAUGUUCUGCCAAUUGCGAAGAAACUGGCUGAGAGAGUUAUUGAAAGUUCAGCCGACAAACUUAGACCUUAUUUACCACAGGUGGUGAAAUCUUUAGAUUCUUCGGUGGAUGAUUAUGGAGAAGUUGUAGCUUCCUUGUGCAGAGACAAUAUUGUUAAAAUUGGGAAUAGUAACAAGAGCAUCUCAAAAGACCCACAGGAAUUAGCUACUGUUGAAGUUACUGGUGAUGGUGAGAUUUUGCUUGUUACUCCAGUCUCCAUUUCUGUUAAAUCGGCGGUUAAGGAAAGUGGAGAAAAGACUGAUUCUCAAGAGCAAGAUCCCACUAUGAUUGGAUCGACAAAGUCAGUUGUUAGUAACGGUGUCAAUGAAACGACUUGUACUGAAGAAACUGUGGCAGAUGCAAAUUCUUCAAAGGAGGCUGAUUCUGACCAUAAUCAGGUUGAUGCCAAAUUGGGGUCCAAAACCGAGUCUGAUGACGGCGGUGCUCAAAAUUCAGAAAAGUUGGAAGCCAAUGAUGAAAUUCCUAGUGAAGAUGUCCCUAUAUCUGCUACUGAGGCGGAACCGGCUACUGAUGCUGAACCUGCUACUGAGGCUAAGCCUGCUCCCGAGCCUGAGCCUGCUCCCGAGACUGAGCCUGCUCCCGAGCCUGAGCCUGCUCCCGAGGCUGAGCCUGCUCUCGAGGCUGAGCCUGCUCCUGAGGCUGAGCCUGCUACCGAGGCUGAGCUAGCUCCCGAUGCUGAACCUGUUGAAGCAGCCGACUCUUUGGACAAAGUAAAAGAGGACGCCAAAAAUCAGCUUUCACCAUCACAUUCACCCGAAAAUGAGGCUGUAGUUGUUUCAUCUCCAGUUCAUAGCAUAAGCCUUUCUGAUGAGAGCAGAUCCAAAAAAGAUAGUCCGGCCAAAGGGAAGGAGAACUUGGUAAACGAAGGGAAAGCAUCGGUUGAUAUUUCUUCUAAGAAGGCAUCUGCAGGAAAAAGUCUUUCUAAAUCAAGGAAGAAAAAGCGGGGCGGCAAAAAGCUAUCUGGAAAGAAAACUAUGAAGGACAAAGAAUUGACUGGAGAAGGUCCAUCCAAGAACAAAGGCAGUACAAGUGAUUCAGAGGCAAGAUCACCGGACGAGGCUCAAAAGCUGGGGGAUGCUAAUAAUAAGACGGAGGAUUUGUCCUCCGUGACUAAGGGAGAUGGCAAAAAGAAUGCUAAUAAUAAGACGGAGGAUUUGUCCUCCAUGACUAAGGGAGCUGGCAAAAAGAAUGGGCGUGUGAAGCUUACCUCAGGAAAAGAUGCUUCAAAAUCUUCUGCAAAAGAAGUUCCUGCGGAAGACAAAGUGGCUUCACCUAGGUCACCCUUAAAGUCAUCAAAAGAUGAAGACACUGAGGUAGAAACUCCAAGAACUGUUUCCAAGAGAAAGCGAACUCCCGGCACAGAGAAAACAUCUGGUAAUAUUGCGUAUGGCAAGGAGUUGGUUGGCUCGAAAGUUAGAGUAUGGUGGCCAAAAGAUAAGAUGUUUUAUGAAGGUGUAGUUGAAUCUUUUGAUUCUGUGAAGAAAAGGCAUAAGGUCUUGUAUAAUGAUGGUGAUGAAGAAAUACUAAAUCUUGGUCGAGAAAAGUGGGAACUUGUAAAAGAUGACAUGGUUUCAGAUGGGGAUGAUGAUGCUGAACAUUCGAGCGAUGAUACUUUAUCUGAAAUAAAUGAUUGUAAGCUUGAGAUAUCUGAGUGUAGACUGCAGAAGUACUCGAUUGAUUCUGUAGUUAAGAAGCAAAAGAAGAAGAAAGGCAAUACAGAUUCAGAAGCAUCCAAAAGCAAACGUCAAAAGGUGGACAGUACACCAAAAAGUAAACUGAAAGACACUCCAACAAAAUCCGGGGGCAAAUCGAAGGAUCAAGUCAAGACUGAAUCUGACGCCAAAGAUAGCAAGUCAAAGCCCAGCAAAAAGGCCGCAGAUGAAGCCAUUAAGGUAAAGUCUCAAGGUAAAGUAUCUGGUGGUAAAACCAAAGACGAAUCUGGUAAAGCAUCUGGUGGUAAAACCAAAGAUGAAUCUGGUAAAUCUUCCAGUGGUAAGACCAAAGAAGAGUCUGCAAAGACCCCAAGCCACCCUAAACAAGGCAGUCAAAAAACUGUUAAGUCUAAAGGUAAAACCCCUCAAAGUGGUGGGAAAGCCCUUAGUGAUGGUGGUGGGGCCAAAAUGGCAAAAACUAGUUCAUCAAAGGCGAAAGAAACUGAUGGGAAGAAGGAAAAACUUGCUGACUUGGUGAAAUCAUCAGUACCGGCCAAAGGGAAAUCUGUGGAUUCUUCGAAAUCACGAGAAAGUGAGGCCAAGAGUGGAAAGAAGCGAAAAAGGUGAACUUUCAGUUGCAUUCUAGUUGUGCAGGUUUUUAUCCUGACUUGUGUUUAAUUUAGACUUGUCUGCAUUUUAUUUAGUGUUGGUUGGGUGUUGGAGUUUAGGUUUGGAAGUUGAGUCGUGUGCGGAUGUUAGCUGUCCCCUAAUAUUUUUUAACAUUUGUAUUAGUUCGUGCUAGGUACUGUUGGUAUUGUGUUUUAAUUUGGAUCGACGGUGAUUUUGCGUGAGUAAAAUAUAUCCCAUAACGCAGUCACCUUCGUAUUUUAUUAUGUGACUAAAAGAGCUUGUUCUUUGUGUUCUAUAUUUUGUUGUCUUAUGCAUGCAUGCUAAUUUUCAAUUGGUUUCAAAUUUAGGACAAGGUGGUUUAUUUGUUUGGUUCAUGCACCUGGAAUUAGAGUUGGUCACAGUUUUCAUGGCGUGAGAAAUUAACUUCUAUUUGAAGUUCAAGUUAGUACUAUAUUUGCAAUGUUGGCCGGAUUGGACUUGAGUUGCCAUUUUGCUUUCCCGGAUUACUUAGGAUUACUUUUGAGGAAUGAGAUAGUCUUUAAGUCAACUGUUUAAAGAUAAUUUGGAAUCUUGGAUAGAGCAUGUUUGAUUACAACAUUUGUUUAUCUUGACAAGUACAAUAUUUG